AUGGCAACAGGCGAAAUAGCAGGAGGAUUCCCCAUGAGUCCAAUGGCAGCGUCGGUCGCUGGGAGUACUUCCCAGGGCACGACCCUACAAGUCCCUGAAGCCCUCGUCGAUGGUGUUGACCUAGAGACAUGGGGUAGUAUCAACAAGUACGACAAGCUUUCUUCCCCGACCCAAGAACAAACUACGGGCAACAUCGUCUACCUCACUCUUCUUUGGAAAGGGGAACGUUGUGUAGGCCGAGACCUGUGGAAUGCAUUUACUCAUCAGUUCGAUGACUGGGACGAAGAACAAUGGGGCAACACAACGAACCAGGUACAGAAGUUGUUGGAACUGGUGCAACAAGCAAGCAGGGGAGGAGUCAUGUGA